UUGCACUAUCUUGGACCUGUAUUUAGCAAUCUCAGUCAAUCGUCACAUGUAAGAAGGUAUUUGAUGGAUCGAGAUCGCUGUGUUAUUCAACGACUUCUUUCAUUUGUAGAGUAUUCUGAUAGUAUAAUUAGGCGAGGCGGUGUUAUUGGUACUUUGAAAAAUUGUACGUUUGACACUGAAAAUCAUGAAUGGUUGCUGAGCUCGGAAAUAGAUUUAUUAUCAUAUUUAUUGUUACCGCUUGCUGGUCCAGAAGAGUUUGACGAUGAAGAUAACGAUAAAUUGCCAAUUAACUUGCAGUAUCUUCCCGAAACAAAGACUCGAGAACCUGAUCCAGAUAUAAGACUUAUGCUUUUAGAAGCAUUGAACCAACUCUGCGCAACGAAAGUGACGAGAGAAAUAUUGAGGGAAAAGAAUACAUAUAUCAUACUUAGAGAACUUCACAAAUGGGAAAAAGACAAGAGUUGUUUAUUAGCAUGUGAAAAUGUCGUUGAUAUUCUGAUAAAAACCGAGGAAGAAAUCGGCUUAGAUAACUUGAAGGAAGUAGAUGUGCCGUCCGAAUAUACGGAGAAGUUUCAUAAGAUAAGUAAAGACUUUAUUAACAAUACAUAAUGUAAAAGUUGAUAUUAUAAAUAUGUAUAAUAUUUUGUAAAUAUUGCACACAUAAUACACAUACAAUAUAUUAUAAAAAUAUGGUAUUUCUCAUAACA